ACAGAGGGGACUUGAGAGACAGUGUGCAGCUUCAAGGCAGCAGCCAGCACCUCUACUCUUCCCUCUCCCCUCUCUGUCUCUCUCUCUCAGUCUCUCACACGCUCUCUGACAGCCUCAGUGACAUGACCCUGGAGAACAUGGAGAACGUGGAAGUGUUCAACGCCGAAGGGAAGGGCCGUGGCCUGAGGGCCACCAAGGAGCUGUGGGCGGGGGACGUGAUCUUCGCCGAGCCCAGCUUCGCCGCCGUCGUCUUCGACAGUCUGUCAGGGCAGGUGUGCCACAGCUGCUUCCGGAGGCAGGAGAAGCUGCACCGCUGCGGCCAGUGCAGGUUCGCCCAGUACUGCGACCGCACCUGCCAGCGCGCCUGCUGGGAGGAGCACAAGCAGGAGUGCGCCGCCAUCAAGACCUACGGCAAGGCGCCCAACGAGAACAUCCGCCUCGCUGCUCGCAUACUGUGGCGCAUUGAGAAGGAUGGGGGCGUCGUGUCCGACAGUCAGCUGACCACGCUGGACGAGCUGGAAGACCACGUGGCAGACAUGCCCGAGGAAGACCUGAAGGAGCUGAAGAUUGACGUGCACAACUUCCUGGACUACUGGCCGCGCGGCAGCCGGCAGUACACCGUGGACUGCGUCUCUCACAUCAUGGGCGUGAUUAACUGUAAUGGGUUCACACUGAGUGACCAGAGAGGACUGCAGGCGGUGGGUGUGGGCAUCUUCCCCAAUCUGUGCCUGGUCAACCAUGACUGCUGGCCCAACUGCACCGUCAUCCUCAACCACGGCAAUCAGACGGCUUUGAACCCUCUCUUUCAUACUCAGAGGAGGAUCGAGCUCCGCGCCCUGGGGAAAAUCCCGGAAGGGGAGGAGCUGACGGUGGCCUACGUAGACUUCCUCAACGUGUCGAAAGACCGCCAGCGGCUGCUGAAGCAGCAGUACUUCUUUGACUGCACCUGCCAGCAGUGCACCCAGCAGAUCAAAGAUGACCUCAUGAUGGGUGUCAAGGACGUGGAUGGCAAAAAGCCCUCUGAGGAUGUGGUGAAGGAGGUGACAGAGUACAGUCUGAAGACGCUGGAGAAGAUUGAGAAGGCUCGCACUGAGGGGAACUACCAUGAGGUGGUAAAACUGUGCCGGGAGUGUCUGGAGAAACAGGAGCCGGUGCUGGCAGACACCCACAUCUACCUGCUCCGAAUCCUGAGCGUCGCCAGCGAGGUGCUGUCCUACCUGCAGUUCUUCUCUGAGGCCUCUGAGUACGCACGCAGGAUGGUGGAGGGGUACAUGAAGCUGUACCACCCAAACAACGCCCAGCUGGGCAUGGCCACAAUGCGGGCAGGAGUUACCCACUGGCACGCCGGCUCCAUUGAGGUCGGCCACAGCAUGAUCUGCAAGGCCUACGCCAUCCUGAUGAUUACCCACGGGCCCUCUCACUCCAUCACCAAGGACCUGGAGGCCAUGCGCAUGCAGACAGAGAUGGAACUGCGGAUGUUCCAGCAGAACGAGUACGUCUACCACACCAUGCGCGAGGCGGCGCUCAAGAACAAGCCCAUGAGCAUGAUGUCCGAGCCCGUCCAGGAGGGCAUCAAGAGCCUCUUCCGCAAGAAAUGAGCCGCCCCGAUGUUAAAACCACUCCACACUGUUCCCCCCCUGCCCAUUUUUGGCUGGUUCCUGCUCACCUCCACUGCUUCAAGGGUGCUAAACCGACAGUCAGGUGUGAGGUGACACCUGUGCAGAUGUUUUACGUCACAUUUAAGUAUGCAUUUCUCCAAAUUCCUCACAUCCUGUCUUUUACACAAAAAAGGUGCCGGAGGUAGGGUCCUCACAACCACAUCCAUUCAGUCAAAAACAAUAUUAACUGUUUUAAGAUUCAAAUGUUCUACUUCUCAGUAUGGAGUUGAGUGUGGUGCUUGUCACUAUGGUUGUACUGCACUGGGCCCACUAGACUACUUUUGGAAAUAAAA